UCAGAUAUCGACGAAUGUGAAAAUGGUCCUUGUAAGAACAAUGCAUCCUGUUUAGACGGAAUAGAUACCUACAAAUGUCAAUGUUAUCCGGGAUUUUAUGGGGAAAACUGCACGGAAAGGAAUUUGGUGAGACUAAUGGAUGGGAGUACUCCAUAUGAAGGGCGCGUGGAGAUCUUCAAUGAUGGAGUCUGGGGAACCGUGUGUGACGAUCACUGGGAUGACAAAGACGCGGCGGUUGUUUGUGGAAUGCUGGGAUACUCAAGAAAUAAUGCAAAAGGACUGUGUUGUGAAGUAUAUGGCAAAGGAGGGCCUCAGAUAUGGCUGGAUAACGUCGAAUGCCUGGGGACUGAACAAGAUAUUUUCCACUGCCAACACAUAGGAUGGGGAAAUCAUAACUGUGACAACCAUGAAGAUGCAGCGGUUGUAUGCUCAUCAAAUGAUAAGCCUAUAAGACUUGUUGGCGGGCAAAGUCAAUAUGAAGGAAGACUUGAGAUUUAUUACAAUGGAGAAUGGGGAACUGUCUGUGAUGACUACUGGGAUGAGAAAGAUACUGCCAUGGUCUGUCAGUCACUGGGAUUUUCAUCAAAAAAUGCAGUUAGUAUGUGUUGUGCUCGGUUUGGAGAAGGAACAGGUCCCAUACUUUUGGACGAUGUGGAUUGCUUGGGAAGUGAGACAGAUAUCGGACAAUGCAAACACAGAGGAUGGAAGGUCCAUAAUUGUCAACAUUUAGAAGAUGUGUCUAUUAGAUGUUCACCUAAAGAAGAUCCAUCAACAAAUUUUUCUACGACACUGACAACAAACCCAAGGGAAUCAACAUUGCAGUCAACAACUCCUUCUCCUGCAACAACAAUAACAACAACACCAAUAAUGAUAACAACAAAGGAUAGUGAUACAACUUCUAUUACCGAAAUUUCCAACAAAACAAUUCGACUUAUUGGAGGAGCUACUCCCUAUGAGGGCAGAGUUGAAGUUUACUACAACGGGGAAUGGGGAACAAUUUGUGAUGAUGGUUUAGAAAACAGUGGUCAAGGGAAUUGGAAUAACUCUUUUUCUAAAGUGAUAUGCCGAUCUUGGGAUAUUCCUCGUACAUCGUCAAUAUGUACACAAUUACCAACGACACAGAUCACAGGAGAGACCACCACACCAAUGACAAGCACGAGGGUUCGUCUUGUUGGGGGGAGCAGUCCUUAUGAGGGCAGAGUGGAGGUGUAUUACAAUGGAGCAUGGGGGACAAUUUGUGAUGACUAUUAUUUAUUUAAUGCUGGUGGAUCGAAUAACAGUUUCUCCAAAAUAUUUCAGAGUGUGUACAUAUCGGCUGGGGCAACCAUAACUGUGGACAUCAAGAGGAUGUUUCUGUCAAUUGUCUACCAGAGAAGG